AGUGGAUGAUCACCCAAUAUGAACAAAUAUGGAGAUAAAAAGAGUGAAAAAAAAGUCGCAAAAAUCCACUUAAAUAAAAAAAAGUGCACAAAACCAUUAGUAUCAGAGUGGGUCACCACAUCAAAUCCACAUUAAAAUCAAACAACCCUAAAGCAGAGAGCACUAUCCCUCCUUUCUCUCUUUUUCUAUAAUCCUCUCAUUCCAUUCUGCUAGAUUUUGCUAAUCUCUUAUUCCCUAAUCUAAAUUAUGAUAUUACAGUUACCUAUAUAUAUCGAACAUAUUACACAAUUAGUGUACGAUCUUAGGACUCCACGAUUUGAUUGCUUCCAAAUUUGCUAAUUAUGAAAGCAAUUCAUAAUUUGCAAAUGUAUACACACACACACACAAAAAAAAACACACACUGACGUGUAAAUUUGAGUCUUCUCUUCCCAAUACGGUUUACCUUUAGUCAACGCUUCUCUUUGUUUGUUUUUUUUUUCGACCAAAGUCCCCAAAGGCCCAAAUACUCAUUUUACGUUUAAACCUUUUCACUUGAAGCUCUGUUUUAAACUCUUUUCUUCUUUAACUCUUUUUUUUUUUUUUUUUUAAUAAUAAACCAAACCACCAUGCGAUUCGUCGCACCACCGCCUAGUUCCGGAGAUAUUUCACCGUCUCCUUCACCAUCAUCCGGUGUAUCAGAGGAGAUUCUUUUCGGUUCGUCGGAUCCUCCUUUGGAUUUUAGUCCUCCAUUGAUCGCUAUGGUUGUUGUUUUAGCCGCCGCUUUUCUCUUCGUGACCUACUCUCGUCUCAUCUCCCGCCGUUUUCUCUCACCUCUUGUCCGCCGUUUUAGACGGUGGCGUUCCUGUCGUCGUCGUCUCCUUCACUUAUCUUCAGCUUCCUCUGCUUCAACUUCAUCAUCCGAUCUCCGAUCCUUUUCCCCUUUCCCUUUCGACUCUUUUCAUUACUCUUCUUACUCUCCCUACGGAUUAGACGAUUCCGUCAUUAAAACGCUACCGUUAUUUCUCUACUCCGCCGCGUCUUGCACCGGGAAAACAACGGUGGGGAAAACCUCCGCCGCUGAUUGCAGAGACUGCGCUGUUUGUUUGUUGGAAUUCGAGGAUGGUGAUUAUGUAAGAACACUUCCGUUAUGCUUCCAUGCUUUUCACCUUGAAUGCAUCGAUGAAUGGCUCCGAUCUCACCCUAACUGUCCGUUAUGCCGUACGGCGAUUCUCGGAUCCGCCGUCGCGGCCCCUGUUUCGCCGUUCGUUCCGUUGAUGGCUCCUCGGAUUCGUCCGAUUCUUGAUGAUGAUGAUGACGAGAGCAACGCGUUCAUCAUCCGUGGAGAAAUCACACCGUCGCGGAGUAAUUGGACGACGACGACGAACGAUCAGGAGAUCAUAGCGUCAAUGGAAGAGCAAUCAUCACCGGCGAUUUCUCGGUUCAGGGAGCUGAAGAGAUCGUACUCACUCGAAUCUGAAUCAGAGAGAGUAACGAUGGAGGAACCAGCGACGGUGUCUCCGUGGAGAUAUAGGAGAUCUACAUGGAACAAACGUCAAUCACCGUUCGGUAACCUAAUCUCGAAAUCGAGAGUGUUCUCGUUCCGUUACUACAGAAGCACGAAGUCACCGUUCUUCCGACGGAGAUCAUCGGCGGGAGUGUUUUUCCCGAUAUCGGAACGGAUUCCAUCGACGGGAAGCUCAUCGCGGCGGAAAAAAUCGAUGACGAGUCCUAUGUUUUUCCGAACGGCACCUCACUCGUCGAGCCGGUUAAGAUGUGGAGAUCCAGAGGCACUGUUAUCGCCGGAGAGAUGGAGGAGGAGGGACACGUGUAGGGUAGAGAUGUGAGACGAAAAUUGGACGGUGGUGAUGAGGAAAAAAAAUUGAAGUGGAAGGAGAGAGCAUUAAUGGAUUGUGGGGUUUAAGCAUUUAAUGGAAUUAAAAUGCACGAAACAGAGAAGAUAGAGAGUUUCAGAACUUGCUCUCUGCUCAGCUCACUCAACAAGACCUAGAGACGCCAAAGACGAUGAAGAGUUUGGAGCAUGUUGCGACGACGUUUUGGCUGAUUCGUUUUUUUUUUUUUUCUUCUUUCUCUUGGAGUUAUCAAAUGCAUUAACUUCCAAAGCUGCCAAAGUUAUUAUAGAAACGAAGUCAACAAACUCAUUUACAAUUUCGUUUCUAUACUAACUUUAUUAUAUCGUCGGUGGCUUAUUGUUUUUUUGUUACCAGGACUUUAUGUUCACUUAUUAGCUGUCGAUUUCUCUUCAAUUUUUGUCCAAAAAAUAACUGAUUAUUACAUUUUGAUGAAAUGACAUUAACAUUUUAAA